GCCAAGAUCGCCGAUUUUGGGUUGUUGAGGGUGGGCGAGGGCACCACUGUGGGCACGACUCGGGUCAUGGGAACACCAGGCUAUGUGGAUCCCAUCUACUCACUCACGUCCAAGGCCACCACUGCCACCGAUGUCUACAGCUUUGGUGUGCUCAUGCUUGUGGUGCUCACCGGUCAUAGCCCCCACUCGUCCGAUGGUGAAAAGAACGGCCACAUUCUGCAAUGGGUGGAGGAGUGUAUCUCUGCCAACAACUCUGGUGGCCUCAAGGAAAUGGACAUGGACGCUCCGGAUGAUGCUGUGCUGCGCCUGGCCCAGCUGGCGCUCUCCUGCACCGUGGAGCGCACUGCCAGCCGCCCCAACAUGUCAUACGUUGCCAGCGAGCUGCAGGGAAUCAGGCACGAGGUGGUGGGGAAGGAGGAGCUGAGUGCCGCGGUCAAGGUGGAUGAGCUCGCAAAGGAGAGGCGGAUUGGGAUGUCGCUUAGGAAAAGCUUGGGUGCAGAGCUGGAGGCUAUUGUGAGCAUGGACGAUGAGGAAGAGGAGAAAUAA